GCGUCCGUCUACGGUCGAACGUAGAAGCUCGCGCAAAUGUUUACUCUCGCUGUGAAAGAUGUUCAUUUAAUUCGAUUUAUCGUGUGAAGACAAUAAAAAUCGUGAGUAAGGUUGGUGAAAUUGAAGUUCGCAAGACUGGUUCGAAUAGGACAGGGUAUAAAUACGUUUUCUUAAAGCUCGUGGUAUGAUUAUUUAUUCGGACCUAACCUCUUUGUAAACUGAAAGAAGAUAUUGUAAGACGACGUUCUAAGAAAAACUGAAAAAAUGAUUUUGAGGGUUUUCUUAACCGCUGUUACCCUGACUGUCAUUUCGUCUGUUGCACAACUGUGCAAGAAGAACGAGUUUCAAUGUUAUAAUGGAAAAUGUGUGGGACUAUACAAGUUUUGUGAUGGCGUGGUUGACUGCGAGGAUUCCAGUGACGAAAGUUCUGACUGCUCCCCCUGCAAUAUUUCAUACUACGGCGUCGUGGGACGCACCUAUCAACUGGAGGUGAAAAGACCAUCCGAAUUUCCGUUCCUUUGUUAUCUAAAUUUCACCGCAGGCGGAGGUCCCUAUGGAGAAUUAAUCCAGAUCUCUUUUGAAUCCUUCUCCGUGGGAAGUUUCGAGUCGUUUACCGCCACCGGCUGUCCGGACGGAUACAUUUCGAUAAAGGAGGCGAAUCGUCCCGCGUCGGGAGGAAAAUGGUGCGGCAGUUCGUGGGGAUACACCGUAUAUUACAGCGAAACUUCCAGUAUUAAUCUCACUCUGGCGGUGGAGAAGCUGUCUCAGGAGCAAAGUUCCGGCUACAACUUCGAAUUCAAACUUUCGUACAAGUUUUUGAAAUUGUCCGACGCCAAAAUUCGUUACGGCAACCAGAGCCAGCGAUCCUACCGCGGCAAACUGAGUGUAGGAAGCUACUGCGACCGCCUUCUGGAGGGUUGCUCGAGGCGUAACUGUCGCAUCCAGUCACCGAAUUAUCCAGGGAUUUAUCCUAGGAACGUUUCCUGUCACUACAGAGUAAGAGAAAAAAACGUGCCCUUAGGGAAGCACGCUCUGAUCGCCAUUCGACAAGCGAGCUACCGCUACAAAGAACACAUCCCCAAAUUCGAUAACAGCGACAAAAUGUUGAGGAUAUGGGAUCACUGCAACACGAUGCAGGAUUACAUUGAAAUCCUGGACGGUUGGGGCGGCGGCGCCACCACCCUGGCCCACCUUUGCAGCGGCGAAACUAUCCCGGAGAUUAUUAGCAGCGGUCCAGAACUUCUACUUAAGUUUCAUACUUCUCCUUUCGGAAAUCCGUUUCAUCCUUUACCUCUAUCCUAUUUGCCGGGAUUCGAGCUCGAGAUCGAGGUUUUUUUCGUCAAUAAGGAGUCGCCUACCUACAUAGAACCAGGAAAAAAGUGUGAAUUUAUCGUUACUGCUUUUGAAAACACUACUGGGCAUUUAGAAAGCCCGAAGCAUUCUUUACCACCUAAUACUACUUGUCACUAUCAUUUCAGAGGACAACCUCGGGAUAUCGUUUGGGUGUCGUUCCUGAAAUACUACGUGACAAGCGACCGAUUGAACGACUUCAACGGGGGCGAGUGCGACGUGCAGUUGCAAAUUUGGGAUGGAGAUGUUCGAAGCAAGAGCCCGGUACAAUUAAUCGGCCAGUUUUGUAAAGACGACAAGCCCAAACUCUGUGAUCACACUUUAUUAAUGAACUCGUCUAGAAUUACAAGGCCUUGUAGCCUGUCGGAAAGCUACGUCAGCACCAGCCCCGACUUAACAAUUUCCCAGACCAUUAAAUACGGCAGCGUCUUAUAUCCAGUCCAUUUUAUCCUUCGUUACGAAUUCGUCGAUCUGUCGCAAGAAGGCGUGCAAAUAAACAGGAACUCGUGCGAUCGACUGUUCACGAACAACAAGGGCCGAUUCUAUUCGCCGAAGAUAACCUUUCUGUUCGGCAGGGGAGGACAGAGGGACCUGUUCUGCCAAUACCUCUUUGAAUACGACGAGCCGCGGAGGUUAAGAAUAACGUUUAACAAGGCUUUGUUCGGGCAGAAGGAUUGUUUCACUGAAUACAAUCCGGAAAUUAACAGGUGGCAAUGUCACGUAAAAUCAGAAUACGACGGCAUAGCAAGAAUAUCUCUCUCGGAAUAUCCAUGGAGAGAUAUUGAAGUCAAACGUGAUUGUAUUUGUAGCAACAUAACUGAUCAACCGUUUGUAAUCACAACCAAACCAGCAUUAAAAUUUGCUGUGAAAUUUAUAGUUACUAAAAUGCAAGGAACCGAAGAUUACAACAGUUAUCUUUUCGAUGCUAACUACGAAGUCGUUCCUAUCAACUACAAUUGUCUAAAUCCAUGGAAAAGUAGACGAUUGAGAGGGUCUAGCGGAGAAAUUACGAUACUAAACAAUAGAAAAGAAAGUUUUAUGGAAAGUGAAGCAUUUUUAAACCACAACCACUCUAUACAGUACUGUUUGGAACAACCUUGGCUAAUAGAACCAGAAGAAGAUUGCAACUUUAUUUAUCUAAAAGUUAAAGGGAACGAGCGAAGGGACAGCCGUUUAUGCCCCAGCAAAAAUCGGAUUCUCAUAUAUCCAGCGGGCCGGACUGAAGAAGUCCGAGUGAUUUGUCCACAAUAUGAAGAUCUUGAAGAUGUUGUCGAACUUUUUUCAGAAGGAUGGAGCAUGUACAGCUAUAAAAAAUUGCAAAGCAGAAAUGGUCGAAGUUUUGUAGUGGAGUUUUUGAAAAGAGAAACUGGGAAUUUUGUUUUAACGUGGAUGGAAAUUUCUAAAAAUCCUGCUUUAGCAUUACCUACAUCCAUGCUCAGCAUAAAACCUCCAGAAUGCCCACACAGUUGUCCGGAACUAGGCGCUUGCAUAAGUUCGAAGUUGUGGUGCGACGGUCUCCGUCACUGUCCUUCGGGCAACGACGAGCAAGAGGCCAACUGUUCCGUCAAUUCCAGCUUCCCCUACGCCUAUUUGAAUUCCAUAGCGCUAGCAGCACUAGCGCUAGUGAUUACGGCAACCGUAGUGGUACUGCUGGUAGUGAUAAUAAGAAACUGGCGACAAGAGCAAAGGAACGUUAUUGUAUCUGUAACCGAACACACUUUUUUAGAGUUUAAAAGUGGGCUGUGUUAGAAAAAUCCGUAGUUAAUUUAAUUUAGGUAAAAAAUCUCUAAAAGGAUUUUUAUCUGAAGACUGGUAGAAUUGUAAUUGUUCGAUAUUGUAUAUGCUAAAAUUUAGAUCCUUUUAAGUGAAAUUUUGAAAUAACGUUGUGCAUGUUAUUGCAAACUCUGGUGCCUUUAAUAAGAUUUCUUUAAAAACUCACAAUUUGUUUUUAGCAACUUGAAACAAUAUUUUAUAAUACACUCAGAUGAAAAAAACACAACGGAA